UAUCAAAAAAACAGGCGAAUACCGAUAAUAUAUACUGUAUUGUGUACAAAAACUGAUAUGUCGGAGAAAAAAACGGACUCGGGAGAGACAAAGAGAGAAACAUGGGGAGGAAAGCAGGAGUUUAUCCUGGCUUUAAUUGGCUACUCGGUUGGUCUUGGAAAUGUAUGGAGGUUUCCUUAUCUGUGUUACGAUAACGGUGGAGGAGCAUUUUUAAUUCCCUACGCGAUUUUCGUUGUAUUGGCGGGCAUUCCUUUGUUCUUUCUGGAAAUUUCUUUGGGCCAAUACACACAACAAAGCUGCGUAAAAGUCUGGAGCAAACUAGUUCCAGCCAUGAAGGGUAUCGGGUACGGAUCAGCCGUCGUAAACUUUAUGUGCGCUAUCUACUUUGUGCUUGUCAUGUCAUGGUCGGUGCUAUACUUUGUGCAUUCAUGUAUUCCUGGACCUCUCCCUUGGACAUCAUGCGGAAAUUGGUGGAACUCUGAACAUUGUGUUUUGAAUGCAAACUAUAAAGGAAUGAAUGCUACUAUGCUUCAGCAGGUUUCAAAUACGUCCGGUUUCGCUUCUGCGCUUCACACCACCCCCAAUAAAACCAACAACACGACAAUAUAUUCUCCUGAAAACGAGUUUUGGAACAAUUACGUUUUAAGAAAAUCGGAUGGAAUUGAAAAUAUUGGCAGUUUAGAAAACUGGCCGCUUAUUCUUUGCUUUUUUGGUUCCUGGGUCGUCAUCUACUUAUGUGUCUUCAAGGGCGCGAGGACCAGUGGAAAAGUUGUUUACGUCACUGCGAUUUUGCCAUACGUCAUGCUUCUUAUUCUACUGAUUCGUGGAUUGACGUUGGAGGGGGCAUCAACAGGGAUCAUGUUUUUCCUAAGACCAGACUUCUCAAAGCUUCUAUCAUCUCAGGUUUGGAUGCAGGCUGGAGGACAAAUCUUUUAUUCAUACGGAAUCUGCUUUACAGUCCUAUACGCAUUCGGCAGCUACAAUCCAUAUAACAACAAUUGCUACAAGCAAUCAGUCAUUCUUGCUUCAACAUGCAGCCUGACUUCAAUCUUUGCUUCAUUUGUUGUUUUUAGCAUCAUUGGCCACAUGUCUUUUGUGCAAGGGAAAGAUAUUGAUGCCGUAGCCACAUCCGGUCCUGGUCUCGUAUUCCUUGUUUAUCCAGUUGGUCUCUCACUUUUACCUGCUCCUAAUCUGUGGUCCGUUCUUUUCUUUGCUACCCUGUUUAUGGUCGGAAUCGAUACACAGUUUGCUGGAGUUGAGAGUUGCGUCACCAUCUUCUUGGACUUGUGGCCCAAUGUUGGGAAAGGGAAAUAUGGACGAGAGCUUGUCUCUGCGAUGGUGUGCCUUCUCUUCAUCGUGCUCGGCCUGCCACUACUAACCAACGGAGGAAUCUAUAUCUUUGAGCUCUUCAAUAUGUAUGCUGUCAGCGGGAUUGCGCUCUUGUGGCUUGCAUUUUUUCAAUCUAUUACAAUCGGGUGGAUAUACGGUGUCGACAACUACUACGAAAAUGUCAAGUCCAUGAUCGGCUACUACCCUUCUCCAUACUUCAAGCUGUGCUACAAAUUCUUUGCGCCAGGGAUUUCUCUGUUCAUUUUUAUCUUCUACUGCGUCAAGUACGCUCCUUUAACUCUUGGCCAAUAUGUGUUCCCGGGUUGGGCAAACGCUGUGGGUUGGUUUUUAUCUCUAACGUCUAUGCUCUGCGUCCCAGGAUUCUUUAUUGCAGAAAUUUGCAAAUCGAAAGGUUCAGUAUACCAGCGGAUAAGAAAGGCUCUUAACCCUGUGGUUAUUAACGAAAAAACUUCGAGAGACGACGUACAGUGCGAGAAACGAUUUCUGGAGGAUGUCCGAAAUCUAGCUAUUUAAAUUGUCGUUGUUGACGCUGAUGGUUUGCUGCUAUUUGCAGUAAUUGUUUUGCUUUUGUAAAAGAGCAUUAAUUAUUGUACAAAUUGCUUUCUAAGUUCAGCAAUAUACUGAAGAGGAAUUUCACAAAGUGACAACAUUUCUAACGGGCUGUUGUUAUGUGUGAUAAGAUGAAAUGAGUGUCUAGUUUUUUAUUGCAACGUUAAACUAUAAAAAUUCAAACUCGUUUACACAUGUAAUUCUAAAUAAUCGUUAACAUAUGAAAAUUCAAAUUUGUUAAAACAUUUAACACUAAAUAAUAUAUUCGCAGUAUUAUAUUAUCAUUCUAAUACUAAAUAUUAUUACUCUUCAAUUAUUUAUCUCAUCCCGCAUGAGUCAUGAGUGUAUCUAACAUUUGAUCUUGUAGAUCUUAAUUAUACAUCUUUAUGUUGUAAUAAUUACCUGUGAAUUGAAUAAACGUAGUCCUACUUUA